CCUAUCCCCAUACAGCCCGUUAUCCGGAAUGUCCAGGCAGCUUCAUCUUAAGGACAAGGGCAGCUUUAAAGGCAAGGGCAGCUUUAAAGGCAAGGGCAGCUUUAAAGGCAAGGACAGGGGCAAGGAGAUCAAAGAGAAAGGCAAGGAGGAGGAAGACGAAGAUAAAGAUGACUGGCUAGGGUGGAGACAAUCAGCAGGAGAUGGAGAUCCCUUCCACGAGACCAAUGCAAAGCGCCUUACAGCCGAGGAUCGGGCUAGUGGCAUGUCAAUGGAUCGACUUGGUAGCGAUGCCAUGGCUUUUGCAGAACGUACCAGUGAUGCUAAUGAUGGCAGCAGCACGGGUCCCCUGGAUAACAAUGGCAAAAGGGGGACAACCGGAAGCUUUGGCAGCAAUAAGAGAGGAUUAUCCAAAAUGCGGCUUAAUUUCUCCGUUACCAAAUCGAUGACUUCAACGGGCGGUGGUGCAAAAUCUCGCAAUGCCAGCACCACGAAAAUCACCACUGGAGCAUCUCUUAUUCCCGAUCUAAAUCUGAUUAUUAACCGGAUGCGCAGCAUGCCAGAUGAUUCGUUUGUGUACAUGGACUAUAUGUUGCCACAUGACAGUGAGUACUUUACACCGUACAGUCUGCGGCAGGUGGAGUACAAGGAGCUGAACACAUACGAACCAUUCUACACUGUCACCCGCCAUGGAGUAACCUACUGGCAUUGCUCCGAGAACUUCUUCACACCCCUGGACCAGUGGCAGCAGGAGUUCGAACAGUUUCUCAGCAUCAUCCAGAUAAGAUCUUUCUCUAUCUUCCGAUUGUGGAAGGGAUUCAAGGUAUGGGAAAAGACUAUCAAAUGGCGAAAACUGAACGAAGCCCGGGACUUCCUGCAAAACAAUCUGUUCAUCGUGAUUCCUCAGCUGGCCAAAGCGAUUCUUCGCAUGCGCAGCGACAUCGUCCAAUUGCAGCGUCUAAAUUUUGUCAAUAUUAGCAACAUAGAGAACUGGCACCCGUUCUACUUCCUGGAAACCCACAUGCGCAUCUAUGAACAGCUGCACAAGACCUUUACAGAUUUUAGGGAGUUCAUUGGCAAGACCAUAUUUCGAGCCUGCACGGAUGCAAUUCAAGCACGUGGUUUCUAUCCGGAUGACGAGAUCAACUACUAUCCAUCGCUGAAGAAGAUGCGUGAGGCGCACAGCUUUAUGGAUCGGGCACGAAAGCGAGCCUUCUGCAAGACCCUGACCAAUUUCCUCACCUACUGCGACAUGAUGGUUUACCAAAUGCUUUAUCGAAUUACGAUUAAAAGUUUUGCCGAUUUAGCAAGUGCCUUUGAAGUCCACGAUGAAGUUGGCCCUUCGGAGGCGGAUAUUAAUAGACAUAAUCGGGUGGACAAAAAAAUAGAAAAGGCACGACCAGCGGACAAGCCACAGAGUCCAUUCUUUUUGGCCAUGUUACGCCUACUGCCCGAUCGCAUUGAUGUGGAGCCGUCGGAAGAUGUGAUCAAGAUUAUCUUUCAGCGCAUCACUGGCCUAAUACUUGAGACUGUCCUUGAGAUUCAUCCCUUCACCACAGAUCCCUUCUUCACGCAGUACACUCAACCCUCGAUUAUGGGACGUCAGGAGGAGGUGCUUUAUGAAGGCGCUCCCGAUUUGCAUUAUUUGUUGCGGGCAGAUCAAAGCUUUCAGUUUAAUCGCAAAAAUAUGUUUGUGUUGAUCAAGAAAGCCUAUGAAAGGGCUCGACUCUACACGCAGAGGUUCCAGCAAAUACGCGAGAACUUUGAGAUAGACAAUAGCACAGAUCCCACAGUUCUUAACACCGAAAGGGAUCUUCAAAUCCUGCGGGCAUACUGCGACAGAUACUGUAAUAAUGUACGUGCUUUGGAUGGUAUCUUGGAGUUUGUAUAUCUGGGAUUACUGAAGCUCACUCAGACGAACUUCAAGGAUACUGUGACGCCAGUAUGUUCUCGACUUCAGAACAUUUUGGCCACCUAUCUGCCCAAAUUGGCAGAGGAGGAGACCACAAGGCUCUAUGAAGAAGCGCAGGAUUUCUAUGGCAGGAUAUGCUAUGAACCACACGAAACGCUUGAGAUUGUGGCCCACAUCAGAUUCCUGGACCAAUGCUCCGCUGAAUUAGAUGGUAUCUUCAGUGGCAUCGACUAUGUGCACGACCUAUUGCUGAUUAUUAAAGACUUUGGCAUACCAAUCGAUGAUGAGUCCAAGGAGGACUACAUGGAUACUGAAGACUAUUUAAAUAGAACACGAGAGACGCUGGAGGAGAUUAGAGAAAAGCGACAGGACUUUAUCAAUCGACUAGAAGAUGCUAUGCAAGAUGAUAUAGCGGCGCUAAAGGAGGAGAUACACGAAGUGGCCAUUGAAGCUCUGCAGCCCUGGCUACUGGAUGCCAAAUCCAAUCGAUUGUCGGUGGUGAACAAACUGGACGACUUGCUUGAACACCUAAAUAAAUGUCGCGAGACAGCCGACGAAUACCUUGGGUAUCAGAAGGAAUUCCAAAUCGAUUUGACCAUGUACGAGGAAAUGGCCAGUGGCUUCUAUGAUAUACGGAUGCGUCAGAAUCUGUAUCGCACAUGGUCCGACUGGGAGGAAUCUUUGGCCGAGUGGAUAGCGGCUGAUUUCAACACCCUAAAUGUGAAUGAUAUGGUUGAGCUGAAUGCAAAGACAAUCAAGAACUGUCUGCAAUUUGAGAAAUAUUUGCCAGAAAACAAUAUUGUUCCUGUACUCCACAAAUCUGCGGAUGCUUUCAAGGAGAAGCUUCCCGUCAUUGGUUAUCUACGUAAUCCCAAUUUGAGAGCUCGUCACUGGGCGGAGAUUGAAGAUCUUCUGAAUCGCAAGUUCUUUCAGGAGAAGGAUAUCAUAAUCCAAACAUACGAGGACGUGCACGCAUUUGAUGAUGUCAAUAUCGGCGAGGCCUUGAUGCAAAUAUCCUCGCAAGCCACCGGUGAAGUGCAGCUGGAGAAUAUGCUGAAAGCCAUCGAGACGACGUGGAAGGAGACGGAAUUGUCCAUUGUCUCGCAUCACGAUGCCAAGGAUGUCUUUAUCCUGGCCGGAACCGAGGAGUUACAAGCAGUCUUAGAUGAUUCCAAUGUGAAUAUUAAUACUAUAGCCGCCUCCAAGUUUGUCGGUCCCAUUAAGGGCAAGGUCGACGAAUGGAUCAAUGCCAUGGAUCAGUUUAGCAAGACCUUCGAAAGCUGGAUGGAUUGUCAGGGCGCUUGGAUUUACCUGGAAGCUAUCUUUGCCUCGGCGGAUAUUCAGCGACAGUUGCCCCACGAAGCCAAGAUGUUCUUCACGGUGGAUAAGAGUUUUAAGGAGACGGUUCGCCAGGCUAAGAAGGUUUCCCUGGCCCUGCCAACCAUGUCGAGUGUGGAUGUGCACAAGGUGCUGUUGGAGAACAACCGAUUACUGGAUCUUAUAUCCCGCGGAUUGGAGGCGUACUUGGAGGUGAAGCGGGUGGUGUUCCCCAGAUUCUACUUCCUGUCCAACGACGAGCUGCUGGAGAUCCUGGCCCAAACACGAAUUCCUCAGGCCGUGCAGCCUCAUCUGCGGAAGUGCUUCGAUGCCAUUUACCGUCUGGAAUUUGGAUUGAAGGAGGGUGGCGAUGGCAAAAUGGUACCCACCAACGAUAUCGUGGCCUUCCUGUCGCCCGAGGGUGAAAAAUUGCAGUUUGGCAAGGGCUUAAAGGCUCGUGGAGCCGUGGAGGAGUGGCUUAGUAAGGUGGAGGAGGCUAUGUUUGUAUCUGACAAACGAUACAUGCGAUUUGGUUACCAGUGCUAUCCGGCUAAGGAGCGUGAGGACUGGUUCCAGGAUCAUCCUAACCAGGUAGUGCUCACGGUCUCCCAAGUUCAAUGGGCUGCCGAUAUUCAUCGAAUCUACGAGGGCAAAGAGCGCAAUCCCUUAAAUAUUAUUGAGAAAAUGGGCAAGUUCGAGGUGAAAUGCCUUAAAGAUCUGGGCGCUCUCGCUGCCCUGACCAGGAAGAAUAUAACCUCGCUGCUGCGCAAAAUCCUUUGCGCCUUAAUCACCAUCGAUGUACACGCAAAGGAUUCGGUCCGCAUGCUAAUAGAGAAGGAGGUCACUAAACCAACCGAUUUCAAUUGGCUCAAGAUGCUGCGAUUUUACUGGGCCGACGAAACGGAAACAGUCUACUCCCGGAUGGCAGCUGCAAAUAUUCCCUACUAUUACGAGUACUUGGGUGCCGGUGGUGUGCUGGUGCUCACACCGCUGACAGAUCGCUGCUACCUCUGUCUAAUGGGUGCCUUCCAAAUGGAUUUGGGCGGAGCACCAGCAGGACCAGCCGGAACGGGCAAAACGGAGACCACCAAGGAUUUGGCUAAGGCUUUGGCCAAACAGUGCGUCGUCUUCAAUUGCUCGGAUGGUCUGGACUACAAAAUGAUGGGACGUUUCUUCUCGGGAUUAGCACAAUGUGGAGCCUGGUGCUGCUUUGAUGAGUUCAAUCGAAUUGAUAUCGAAGUGUUGUCCGUGAUUGCCCAGCAGCUGAUCACUAUCCGAACGGCCAAGGCAAUGAGGGUGAAGAGAUUCAUCUUCGAGGGUCGGGAGAUCAAGAUCAAUCGUUCCUGUUGUGUGUUUAUCACCAUGAAUCCCGGAUACGCGGGACGUACCGAGUUGCCCGAUAAUUUAAAGGCCCUGUUCCGACCUAUAUCCAUGAUGGUGCCCGACUACGCACUCAUUUCCGAGGUUAUUUUAUACUCGGAGGGCUUUGAGGAUCCCAAAAUCCUGGCCCGCAAGAUGGUGCAGAUGUACCAACUUUGCAGUCAGCAGCUUAGCCAGCAGAAUCACUACGAUUUUGGUAUGCGAGCCGUGAAAUCUGUCUUGGUCAUGGCAGGAGCUCUUAAGAGAGCCUCGCCAAAUCAGCGAGAGGAUAUUACCCUGAUUGCUGCUUUGAGGGACUCCAAUAUACCCAAGUUCCUUGCCGACGAUGCGGUUCUGUUUCGAGGCAUCCUUAGUGAUUUGUUCCCGGGCGUAGAACUUCCGGAUUCGCAGCAUCCGGAUCUAGAGGAAAGCUUGCGUUUAGGAUUGCGACAGAAGAAUCUUCAGGCAGUGCCGACGACAAUCAGAAAGUGUCUGCAACUUUACGAGACAAUGUGCGUACGCUGGGGUGUAAUGCUGGUGGGUCCAACUGGAGGCGGUAAGUCAGUGGUGUUACAUGCCCUGGAGUUUGCCCUCUCGCAUCUUUUCGAGAACGAAGUGCAGGAUCCGAACUUUCGGCCAGUCGUCAUCCAGACAAUGAACCCCAAGGCGGUGACUAUGAAUGAGCUGUACGGCUAUGUAGAUCUCAAGACUCUCGAGUGGCAGGAUGGUCUAUUGGGAUUGGCAGUGCGAACUGCCACCACAGUAGAAGACGAAAUCCACCAGUGGAUCAUGUGCGACGGGCCCGUGGAUGCGGUAUGGAUUGAGAACUUAAACACCGUACUGGACGACAACAAGAUGCUUUGCCUGGCCAACUCGGAGCGUAUCAAGCUGACCGCCUGGAUUCAUAUGCUUUUUGAAGUACAGGACCUGCUGCAGGCCUCACCCGCCACCGUUUCGCGCUGCGGCAUGGUCUAUGUGGAUCCCGGCGAUCUCGGAUGGAUCCCACUGGUCGAUACUUGGAGGGAGGUGGACAUGAAGAACAAGCUACCGCCUCAACUGGCCGAGUUUUGCUACCAGCUUUUCAUAGGCUACUACGACAAGGCGCUGAAAAUCGAAAGGAAGCGGGCUGUAUACACCAUCCAUCAGGUAUUCGGGUCCAAAGUGAGACUCUGCUGUGAACUGAUCUCAUCCCAGCUGGAGGCGGUCAAGUGGUCGGCACUGAAUGAUGAGCAGGCCAAGGAACUAAUAACUAAGAUCUUCACCUGGGCGGUGCUCUGGGCUAUUGCCUCGAAUCUUAAAGAUGCUGAGAAGGUGUCCUUUGAGGAGCAGUGGAGCAAGGCCAUGGCCCAACAUCCAAAUAUGACCUUGCCCAAUUGGUCCUUGUGGAACUAUCGUAUCGACCUGGAGAAAAAGGACUGGGGAAACUGGUUGGAUAUCAUGGCCAAGUUUCAUUUUAGCUCCGAAACCUCUUACUACGAUAUGCAGGUGCCCACAGUGGAUACUACCAAAUAUGGCUAUGUUUCCGAUCUCCUGUUCAAAAGAGGCAUGCCCGUUAUGGUGACUGGAGAUACGGGCGUGGGCAAAACUGUCUUGGCCAUCAGUUGCAUGAAACGGCUAUCCGAGGAUCGUGUCAUCCCGGUGAUCCUCAACUUCUCCGCACAGACGAGCAGUGUGCGCACACAGGAGAUGAUAGAGGGACCUUUGGAGAAGCGCAAGAAAACUCAGCUGGGUGCACCGGUGGGCAAGACAGUGAUCAUAUUUAUUGAUGAUGUUAAUAUGCCCAAGUUGGACACCUACGGAGCAUCGCCGGCCAUUGAGCUGUUGCGCCAGUUCUUGGACUUUAAAGGGUUCUACGAUCGCGAGAAGUUGUACUGGAAGGAGAUUAUGGACGUUGUCUUGGGCUGUGCCUGUGCUCCGCCUGGUGGUGGACGAAAUCCAUUGACACCGCGCUUUGUUCGACACUUUGCCCUGUUUUCACUGCCGAAACCAAAUGAGGAAACCCUAACUCAGAUCUUCAAUGGCAUUCUUCGAGGCUUCCUGCAAACGUUUUCCUCUGCUGUAAGGGCUCUCUCGGAAUCAAUGGUCAAUGCCUGCGUGGACGUUUAUAUGCGAGUUGCCAAUGUCAUGCUGCCCACACCAGAUCGAUCGCAUUACAUCUUUAAUUUGCGCGAUCUGUCCAAGUGUAUUCAGGGUAUCCUGCAGGCGAGCAAUUUGCACUAUAACCAGGAGAACCAGAUACUACGCCUGUUCUAUCACGAGACCACUCGAGUCUUUCACGAUCGGCUGAUCAAUCAAGAAGAUAAGAACAUGUUCAAGUCUCUAAUGAAAGACGUCUGCGAGGAUCACUUCCACCGUCCGGUAGUCACUGAGGCAGAGCCGCCGAUCCUCUUCGGCGACUUUAUGGUUUUUGGUAAGCCAAAGAACGAGCGUAUCUAUGACGAGAUAAAGGAUCACGGAAAGCUGGAAAGCGUUCUCAACGAUUAUAUUUCGGACUAUAACUCGGUGGCGGUGGGCAAGCAGAUGCAAUUGAUCCUCUUCCAGGACGCAAUGGAGCAUACGGUCCGACUGGCGCGACUUCUACGCAGCGAUCGCGGCAAUGGACUGCUCGUAGGCGUAGCUGGAAUGGGAAAACAAUCCCUCACACGAUUGGCAUCCCAUGUCAAUGAGUACAAUUGCUGGCAGAUAGAAAUGCGACGUAACUACGAUCUCAACGCUUUUCAUGAGGAUCUGCGGGUUCUCUACCGUAUCGCAGGAAUAGAAAAUCAACCAGUGACCUUCCUCUUGAUCGACAGCCAGAUUGUUGAGGAGGAGUUCCUUGAGGACAUCAAUAAUAUCCUGAAUUCCGGCGAAGUGCCCAACCUAUUCGAGGGUGAUGAGUUUGAGAAGAUCAUUUUGGACGCUCGCGAUGGGUGUAAUGAGCUCAGAAAAGAUAAUCCCUGCACUCGCGAUGAAAUCUACAAAUUCUUCAUCAACCGGGUGCGCAAUAAUCUGCAUGUGGUGAUGUCAAUGAGCCCGGUGGGCGAUGCCUUCCGACGCAGAUGCCGUAUGUUCCCAUCGCUGGUCAACUGCACCACGAUUGAUUGGUUCACCAGUUGGCCAACGGAGGCCCUUUACUCGGUGGCUCUUGGAUUACUGACAAAGAUCGCUCCCAAAAUGGAGGAUCGCAUCUCGUUGGCCAGCACCACGGUGUUUAUGCACAAGACCGUUGAAGAAGCUUCUGUGCGGUUCUACAAGGAGAUGAAGAGGCAUUACUACACCACACCCAGUAGCUAUUUGGAGCUGUUAAAGCUCUACCAGAAUCUACUUAAGAUCAAGAACAUGGAGAUCAUAGCCAAAAGGAAGCGAAUCGCUAAUGGUCUAAACAAGUUGCUGGAGACCAAUGAAGUGAUUGCUGUCAUGGGAAAAGAACUGGAGGUGAUGGUGCCCCAGUUGGAUGAGAAAUCCGCCAUGAUGAAAUCCCUGGUGGACAAUCUGACUAAGGAGACCAAGCAGGCGGAUGCCGUAAAACAGAGUGUGCUGGAGGACGAGAUGAAUGCCAAGGAGAAGGCAGCAGUGGCCCAGGCGAUAUCCGAAGAUGCCGGCAAGGAUCUGGAGAUUGCCAUGCCCGCCCUGCGUGAAGCAGAAGAGGCACUUAAGGGUCUCACCAAGGCCGACAUCAACGAAUUAAAGUCCUUCACUACGCCACCGGCUUUGGUGCAGUUCUGCAUGGAGGCCGUUUGCAUCUUGCUGGGCGUCAAACCUACUUGGGCAUCUGCCAAAGCCAUUAUGGCGGACAUAAACUUCAUCAAACGUCUGUUCGAGUACGACAAGGAGCACAUGAAGGAGGACACCCUGAAAAAGGUCAAGAAGUACAUUGAUCACAAAGAUUUCGUGCCGGCUAAAUUCGAGAAGGUCUCCAAGGUGGCCAAGUCAAUGAGCAUGUGGGUGAUAUCCAUGGACAAGUUCUCUAAGGUGUACAAAGUGGUGGAGCCGAAGAUCAAGCGCAAAGAAGCCGCCGAAGCUGAGCUCAAGGAGGUGAUGACAGUGCUGAGGCAGAAGCAAAAGGAAUUGGCAGCCGUGGAGGCUAAGAUCCAAGGACUUCGUGACAGCCUUGAGGAGAAGCAACGCGAGUUUCAAGUGAUCCAAGACAAUGUUGACUUGACCUACGGCCGUAUUAAUCGAGCGGGUCGCUUGACGUCUGCCCUUUCCGACGAACAAGUGCGCUGGCGGGAAACUGUGAAAUCCUUAACAGGAGACUUAGCCUGUGUUCCUGGCGAUGUCCUGGUGGCCGCCGCCUGUGUUGCCUAUUUAGGAGCCUUCUCGCACGUAUAUCGCAGGGACAUGAGCGCCCUGUGGGUAACCAAAUGUCGUGAAUACAAAAUCCCCUCCAGUCCCGAGUUUAAUCUGCUCAAAGUACUGGGCGAUCCUUACGAGAUGCGUCAAUGGAAUGUGGAUGGCUUGCCCAAGGAUAACAUAUCCAUAGAGAAUGGCAUUUAUGCCACUAGGGCUCUGCGUUGGGCGCUCAUGAUCGAUCCCCAAGAGCAGGCCAAUCGCUGGAUCCGUAACAUGGAGCGAGCCAACAAUCUGCAGGUAAUCAAAAUGACGGACUCCAGCAUGAUGCGAGUGCUGGAGAACAGCGUUCGACAGGGAUACCCGGUGCUGCUCGAGGAGAUCAACGAGACGAUCGAUCCUAGUUUGCGUCCCAUCCUUCAGCGGGAAACUUACCGAUUCGAAGGUCGCACUUAUUUGAAAUUAGGUGAUAUGGUAAUCGACUAUGACGAAAACUUCAAGCUGUACAUGACCACCAAAUUACCCAAUCCUCACUAUUUACCAGAGGUGUGCAUCAACGUGACUCUGGUUAACUUCCUGGUCACUGAAAGCGGUCUGGAGGAUCAGUUAUUGGCGGAUAUUGUGGCCAUCGAGCUGCCUGCCAUGGAGAUCCAGCGUAACGAUCUGGUCGUCAAAAUCAACUCGGAUAAACAACAAUUGCUAGCGCUAGAGGACAAGGUGCUGAAGCUGCUCUUCAACUCCGAAGGUAACAUCCUCGACGACGAAGAGCUGGUGGAGACACUUAAUGACGCCAAGGAAACAUCGCUUAUCAUUGCCGCCCGACUGAUUGACACCGAAGAGACGGAAAAAGUCAUAACAGCAUCCCGGGAACGAUAUCGCAUCCUGGCAUCCCGUGGGGCCAUUCUUUACUUUGUGGUGGCGGGCCUGGCAGAGAUCGAUCCGAUGUACCAGUACAGUUUGAAGUACUUUUCACAAGUCUUUUGCAAUGUCCUGCGAUUGGAGCACCCAGUUCAAACUGUGGAAGUGCGCAUUGCUACUCUGAUGACGGAGGAACUAAAAGCCAUUUUUGAUAAUAUUUCACGUGGAUUGUUUGAGAACCACAAGAUCAUCUUUAGCUUUUUGCUGGCACUGUCGGUUGAACGGCAGGAGGGACGUGUUUCCGAGGAGGAGUUCCUAUUCCUUACUCGCGGACCUGUCGGCAACAUUCGACCAAAGAAAAUGCCAGCCAACGUUCAAAUGAGCCAAAUCGAAUGGGAUUCGUGCAUUUUCCUGGAGGAUAACUUCAAGAAUUUCUUUAGCGGCUUGACCGAUGAGAUCGACAAACCCUUCUUUAUCCAAAUGCAGGAAAACAAGGAGGUAUUCGAUUUUGCCAAAACCAAUCAGCCGCCCACAGACAAGUGGAACAAACGGCUAAGAGUUUUCCACAAGCUAAUGUUCGUUGCCGCCUUCCGGAAACCACGAUUCCUGCUCAACGUGGUCUGCUACCUUCAGUCAACCGUCGGAAAAUACUUCACCGAGGCCUCUGGUGGCACUCAAUUAAGCGCUGUCUAUUUGGACACCUCUGCUGUGACGCCGUUGAUCUUUGUACUGUCCACCGGUUCGGACCCUAUGUCUGGCUUCCUUAAGUUCACCACACAGAUGCAGUUCACGGACAAGUACUACUCCAUUUCGCUGGGUCAGGGUCAGGGACCACUGGCUGAAAAUCUGAUCGAGAAGAGUUUGCGCUUGGGUCACUGGGUGUUCCUGCAGAAUUGCCACUUGGCCACCUCUUUUAUGCAGACGCUGGAAACGAUUGUGCGAAAUCUAACGCUGGGCAUAACCAAAGCCCAUCCCGAUUUCCGCCUAUAUCUCUCCUCGAUGCCCAUCCAGACUUUCCCGAUCAGUGUGCUGCAGAAUUCGGUGAAGAUUACCAACGAACCGCCUAAGGGAAUUAAGGCGAAUGUCUUUGGGGCAAUGACAGAUCUAAAACCAGACUUCUUCGAGCACCACAUUCAGAAUGGCAAUUGGCGGGCCAUUGUCUUUGGACUGUGCAUGUUUCAUGCUGUCUUGCUGGAGCGAAGGAAAUUCGGACCCUUGGGAUGGAACAUUACUUACGAGUUCAGCGAAAGUGAUCGUGAGUGCGGCCUGAAGACCCUCGAUUUCUUUAUCGAUCGUGAAGUACUCGACGAUAUACCCUGGGAGGCCAUACUCUAUAUCAACGGCGACAUCACUUGGGGUGGUCGAGUGACGGACUACUGGGAUCUGCGCUGUCUGCGGACCAUCCUGACGAUCUUCUCCUCGAAGAGGAUAAUCCAACCGGAUUACAAGUAUUGCCGCGGUGAUAGCUACUAUCGGGAUCCGCGAAAAAAGACGCUGUCCGAAUACUCAGCCUAUGUGCAGGGCUUCCCGGUUUUGGAGGAUCCGGAGAUUUUCGGCAUGAACCAAAAUGCCAACAUCGUAUUUCAGACCAAGGAGACGGCAUUCUUUAUCAAUACCCUGCUUCUGGGUCAGCCAAGAUCCUCGGCCGACGAGGGCCAAGCCAUGGAGAACGAGAUCUGCCAGCAGACAAUAGCACGCAUCCAAAAAGCCUUGGCAACCAAGAUUAAGAGGGAACCACUACAUGGCACGCUCUCGGUGCUUGACUCCAAGGGACAGGUGCCAUCGCUGACUAUUGUACUGGUGCAGGAGAUCGACCGCUUCAAUAUCGCACUGGGCAUUAUCCACGACAGCAUGACCAAUUUGUCCAAGGCCAUUAAAGGAUUGGUGGUGAUGUCCGAGGAGCUGGAGAAUGUAUUCAAGGCCCUGCUUUCCAACCUGGUGCCCGCGUCGUGGGCCAAGAGAAGUUUCCUUUCGAUCAAGCCACUGCCCAGCUAUAUAUCUGAUUUCCAGCGGCGCAUCGACUUCAUUCAGCAGUGGGCGGAAAAUGGAGCACCGCGAUCCUAUUGGAUCAGUGGAUUCUUCUUUCCACAAUCGUUCCUCACUGGCGUGCUUCAGACAUACGCCCGUAAACGUAUCCUGCCCAUUGAUUCGCUAAAGAUCGACUUUGAUGUUUUUGAAAAGGAAUUGAUUCAGCAGGACUUCUUCGAGAUGCACAUGAACAACAUGAAUGACCAAAAGCUUUAUGGUAACCUACAGGAGUGUACCGAUGCUGUUAUCAAUGUACAUGGAAUCUUCAUAGAGGCAGCUCGCUGGGAUUCAAGCAAGGGCGGACUGUGUGAUGCCAACUUCGGGGAGCUCUUCUCCCGCAUGCCGGUGGUGAGGUUCAAGCCCUGCCUGGAGAUUUCCCCAGUGCUGCGAUACGAGGCGCCGCUCUACAAAACCCAACAGCGAUCCGGUGUCCUCUCCACCACAGGCCAUUCAACAAAUUUCAUUCUGGCAGUUCUUUUGCGCAGCAACAACGACCCAGAUUUUUGGAUAAUGAGGGGUACGGCACUGGUUUCCGGUGUAUUGGAAAAUAUUUGCUAGACCAUAGUUUUUGUUUUUUUUUAUGCUGCAUACUUAAAGCCGUCUUUAUUUCGUUUCUUGUU